AUGAUAAAGAAACGUGAUCAGCUUUUGACACUUUUCAGUACUUUGGUUGUUGCAGGAUCAGUGCUAAAUAGAAAAGUGUCGAGGAAAGAAAUAGUUGUAAAGAGGAAAACUUGGGAGGAACGAACAAAAACACUGCUUGUAAGAGAGUUAAAAAAUGAACAUAAGCGAUACGCUGGAUUGAUGAAACGGAAUGCAGCACAGUGCAAUUUGAUUCGUUAUGCCCUUAAAGAUGAUUAUAUUAAUUUGGUUGCUUACACUCAUGCAUAUCUCGAUUCUCUCAAUGAUAAGUCGCUUGCAAAUCAUGAAGAUGAUGAGAUUUUUAGUGUCGUAUUAUUGCUAGCAGCUCGUCGAUAUGAGCAUUUUUCAAGAAACCAAUCGCUUGCGGAUUCUCGAGAAUCUCUGCAGCUUUUUUUCUCGUUGGCUAAUUUAAUGGAACAAAUGCCCUUCCAAGGAGAUGACACAAAGGCUUCUUGGAUACUACUUUUGGAUCGUUUUGAAAAAUGGAUUGAAAUUCGAACAAUUGACGGGAAGUCAAAUGAUAUUGAUGAUGCACAUAUUGAACUAAGGCGAAAAUUGACCUCCCAAGCAGAACUAAGUUCUUUACCACGAUUUUAUAAUCGGUUGUUGUUUACUGAUGAAGAUCAAAUAGUAAUACGUCUGCAUGAACGUGAAAUGUUCGGCAAAAAUACGGUCUAUAGAGAUGAAGAAAAAGAAUGGCCGUACGACAAAGAUUUAAAUCUUGUCAAGAACUUGCAGAAGCCUGCUUCAAAAGAAAAUUAUCAUGGAUCACCUUACUCUAAUGUCGCUUUUACAGAAGAACAAUAUAAGAUGAAGUUUGCUGAUCAACUGCAAAAAGAAGCCGAUCGCUAUUUAUUUGUCAAAAAUUUUAAUCGAAAAUCGAAUGAAAUUCCUGUGGAAGCAUUGAUUAAACAGUGGAACUGGGAAAGCAAUAUCUUGCAUUGCCUGACCUCUCGUGUAGAGGAGUUGCGUCUGUAUCCAUUAAAAGAUUUCAUGAGUGUAGUAAAUUUGGAAGCCUGUACCUCAUUGAUAUUAUCUACACUUAUGUCAAUAUGUGCGCAAGGCGAAGACUUAGUUCCCGUGACAAUAUUUCACAGUCGUUUAGCAAAUCCUGUUUUAAACUUAAUUGGUAGAAUGUUUGUUCAGAAGGUAUCAAAAACUGCAAAUAAAAUGCAAGACGAAUUAUUUGCUCUCUACAUCAAGUACUUUAUGAAUUCAGAAGUUUCACGUAAUCAUACUGUGCGUGAAUGGUGGAUGAAUUGCGCUUCUCUGUUGCAUCUUAGCCCACACUUAAAGCUUCCUUGUUCAGAUUUCAGUUCUGGAAUUCGUGAUCAGCUUGGAUCAUUUUUAACUUCUGUGGUUUUGGAAGCAUGCAAAGUUCAUUUCAUAUCUGGUGGGUGUCAUUUAUUUGCUGCGAUACUAUUUAUGAACUUUGAUUUUUCAGGUGAUGGUAAGAACAACGUUAGUAUCCCAGUAUUUUCUUAUAAAGACGUUGUAAACGAAGAAGAAAGUAAUUUCGAAAACGAUGUUUUGUGUGUGACAAAGAUGGUGAAAAUGUGUAACUUGAUGAUGGAUUUCGUUAGCAAAAAUCAGUUUGAAUGGAUGGUUUUUCCCACUGACUUAUUACCAAUGGAAGUGCCUCCUCGACCAUGGUUGGAUUGUGGAGAAGGUGGACCAUAUUAUGGAUCGACUUUUAAUGUGCUAAGAGCACAUCCUGAUUAUACAGCAAUAAAUGUUAAUUAUGAAAUGAGAAAACGAUUGAAGUCACGCAAACAAGCUCGACCAGUUUUCGAUGCACUAAAUGAUUUAGGUGUAACACCAUGGAAAAUUAAUCAGCCUGUUCUUGAUAUAGCCCUUGCGGUAUUUGAGAUGGCUCGAAAGAAAGAAAACAAAAAUCUUUUGCAAAAAUUAGCCAUACCAUUGCAUCCAGAUUGUGUUGUAGUACCUGACUACGUGGCAACUUUCGGAAAAAUGGAAGUAGAGGAAUUACCAACGGAUGAGUGGAGGCAGUAUUCAAAAACCAAAUAUGAGGCUCUUAAACAAAGAAACGAACUGAAUUCAUUGUGGUGUUGGUUGCUUUAUCGUUUAACAAUGGCACAUCACUGCAAAGAUAGUGUUCUUUUCUUUCCGCAUAAUAUGGAUUUUCGCGGCCGUGUUUAUCCGAUAACACCAUAUUUAAAUCACAUGGGUGAUGAUUUAAAUCGACGCCCUUUGGGGGCCGCUGGUCUAAACUGGUUAAAACUUCAUUGUAUCAAUUUAACGGGAAUUUUAAAAAAGGAAUCGAAUUCUCUACGUGCAGCUUAUGCUGAGGAAAUACUACCAAAAAUUCUGGAUAGUGCAAACAAUCCACUGUCAGGCGAAAUGUGGUGGACAUACUCUGAAGAGCCAUGGCAAACUCUGUCUGCAUGCAUUGAAAUUAGGGAUGCAUUAUUAUGCGAUGAUCCACAAACUUUUGUUAGUCACUUGCCUAUUCACCAGGAUGGUUCUUGUAAUGGUCUACAACAUUAUGCGGCUCUAGGCAGAGAUCAGGAAGGUGGUAAAGAAGUCAACUUAUUAUCUGCUGAAAAACCUAAUGAUGUAUAUUCAAGUGUUGCUAUGAGAGUAGAACAGAAGCGUUUAGAGGACGAGCAAAAUCUGAAUUCUGAAAUACGAAAUUUAGCACUGUCGCUUCGUGCCGUUAUGCCAGAUCCAGUAUCAAGAAAAGUAAUUAAGCAAACUGUAAUGACUACUGUGUAUGGUGUGACAAUGAAUGGAGCUCGGCGACAAAUCGAACGACAGUUAAAAGGAAUCGGAAUCGACUCAGAUGAAAUCUAUCAUUUAAACUGUUUAGUUCAUUUUCAGCGCAUUAAAUACGCAACCUACUUGGCAGAAAAAACUUUUCAAAGUCUAAGUGAUGCUUUCACAAAUUCAAUGAAACUGAAAGAUUGGUUUCGUAGCUGUGCAGAAGCAAUUGUUAAACUUAUGCAUACAGUGGAAUGGGUCACACCUCUUGGACUACCCGUUUAUCAACCAUACUUGGAAACAAUGAUGGAAGAAAAUAAAAUCUAUCGGUUACCAAAGUCAAUAAAACAGAUAAAUGCAUUCCCUCCCAACUUCGUGCAUUCGCUGGAUUCUACUCAUAUGAUGUUAACUGCUCUACAUUGUCGACAACUAGGUAUUACUUUUGCAGCAGUACAUGACUGUUAUUGGACUCAUGCUUGUGAAGUGGACGAAAUGAACAAAAUAUGUAGAGAUCAGUUUGUCCAACUUCAUAGUGAGCCAUUGGUGAAACAGUGUUCAGAGUUCUUCCGCCACAAGUAUUUACCAGUUUGGCUGCGUACGGACAUGCCAUCGGAACAAUUUCAAGAAUUACGUAGAACAUUUAUACCAAAAGUACGACCAGGUACACUCGACCUAGAUGCUGUGCGACAGUCAACCUACUUUUUCUCCUGA